GGCGGCUAUUCCGGCUGGGAAAUUCUGCGGAUAUUUCUGACCCAGGUCCAUCUCUUGGAUACAUUGACCUAUGAUGAUGUGCAUAUAGACUUCACUCUGGAAGAAUGGUCCUUGCUGGAUUCAUUUCAGAAGAGACUUUACAAAGAUGUGAUGCUGGACACCUACAGGAACCUCAUAGCUAUAGGAUAUAAGUGGGAAGAUCAUCAUAUUGAAGAACAUUGUCAAAGUGGUAGAAGACAUGGAAGGCACAACAGAAGUCAUGCAGGAGAGAAACACUGUGAAUAUACACAGUAUGAUAAAGUCUUCACAUAUCAUAGUCAUCUUCACAAGCAUGAACAAAUUCAAACUCAAGAGAAAGCCUCUGAAGGCUCUCAACCUAUUGAAGCCAUUGCAUGUCAUAGUAGUCUUCAAAUACAUAAAAGAACACAUACUGGAGAGAAACCCUACACAUGCAAUCAAUGUGAUAAAGGCUUUGCACAAAGCAGUAGUCUCCAAAUGCAUAAAAGAACACAUACUGGAGAGAAACCCUAUGAAUGUGAUCAAUGUGGUAAAAACUUUGCAAAAAACAGUCAUCUCCGAAAACAUAAAGUAAUACGUACUGGAGAGAAACCCUACAAAUGUAAUCAAUGUAAUAAAGCCUUUUCACAACAGAGUCAUCUCCAAAGACAUGAAAGAAUACAUACUGGAGAGAAACCUUAUAAAUGUAAUCAGUGUGAUAAAUCAUUUGCAUCUCACCGUUAUCUUCAAAGUCAUGAAAGAAUUCAUACUGGAGAGAAACCUUACAAAUGUAAUCAAUGUGGUAAAGCCUUUGCACACCAAUCUUCUUUGGUCUUUCAUAAAAGAACACAUACAGGAGAGAAACCUUAUGAAUGUAAUCACUGUGGUAAACCCUUUGCACAGUACAGUUCUUUCAAGUACCAUAAAAAGAAUCACACUGGGCUGGGCAUUGAGAAACCUUAUGAAUGGACUCACUGUGGUAAAGUCUUUGCAUAUCAGAGUCAUUUUCAAAUAUAUAAAACAACACAUACUGGAGAGAAACCCCACCAGUGUAAGCAGUGUGAUAAAGCCUUAUUACAUCACAGUCAUCUUCAAAGGCAUACAAAAACACAUUCUGUAGAGAAACCCUAUGAUUGUAAUCAAUGUAAUAAAACAUUUGUGUGUGACAAUAGUCUUUGAAUAUAUAAAAGAACACACACUGGAGAGAAACCCUAUGGAUGUAAGCAAUGUGGUAAAGCCUUUGAAUAUAGCAGUAGUUUUUCAUGA